AUGGCGACCACCGCCAAGCAGUGGGUGCUGGUGGAGAUGGUACAGGCGCUAUACGAGGCUCCUGCUUACCAUCUUAUCUUGGAAGGAAUUCUAAUACUCUGGAUAAUCAGACUUCUUUUCUCUAAAACUUACAAACUGCAAGAACGAUCUGAUCUUACAGUCAAGGAAAAAGAAGAAUUGAUCGAAGAGUGGCAACCAGAACCUCUUGUUCCUCCUAUCUCAAAAGACCAUCCUGCUCUCAACUACAACAUUGUUUCAGGCCCUCCAAGCCACAACAUCAUAGUGAAUGGAAAAGAAUGUAUCAACUUUGCCUCAUUUAAUUUUCUUGGAUUGUUGGAUAACCCUAGGGUCAAGGCAGCAGCUUUGGCAUCUCUAAAGAAGUACGGUGUGGGGACUUGUGGACCUAGAGGAUUUUAUGGCACAUUUGGUACGUUUCUGUUGUAUUUUUCAGGCUACUGCUUUCAAGAAUGA